AUGCAGGUGAUAACAUGCGCGUUGUUUAUGCUCGUCACUCUCCCUGUCAGCUCCGUGUCGGAGGCUGACUCUUGCCCUGCUGUCUGCGAGUGCUCUGAGUGGAGGACUCACACCAUCUCCUGCUUUGACAUUGAUAUUCUCCCCAGGUUUCCAGCAAGCACGGAGACACUGUGGCUUUUUGAGACCCGUCUGUCAGCUGUUCCAGCAGAUGUCUUUGCCAACAUGGUCAACAUUUCAAGGAUAUAUAUGUCGGUGGACGUGAAGCUGCAGAGGCUGGAGAGACACUCAUUCUACAACCUGAGGAAAAUCACCCACAUAGAGAUACGUAAUGCGAAGAGUCUGACCUACAUCGACCCAGAAGCCUUUAAAAAUCUCCCAAACCUUAAAUACCUGGGGAUUUUCAACACCGGCCUUACUUUCUUCCCCGACUUGAGCAACAUUCACUCUAAUGACAUGAACUUCAUAUUGGAAAUUGUUGAUCAUCCCUACAUCACUGACAUCCCAGCCAACUCUUUCCGUGGCAUCACCAGUGAUGUGCUGACAGUGAUGCUGUAUGGAAAUGGUUUCAGAGAAAUCCAACAUCAUGCCUUUAAUGGGACCAAGCUAGAUCAAGUCGACCUUCACAGGAAUAAGUAUUUGACCAAGAUGGAUGAAAGGGCUUUUGCGGGCGCCAUCAGCGGCCCCAUGCUUCUAGACGUGUCCCUGACAGGGAUCAGCUCCCUGCCGACCACAGGUAUGGACUCUCUACGGGAGCUGAAGGCGCGCAAUGCCUGGGCCCUCAAGAAACUGCCACCUAUCAAAACCUUCAAGCACCUCACCAUUGCCAACCUCACCUACCCCAGCCAUUGCUGCGGCUUCAAAAACCUCAAAAAGAAACGAGGCUUUUUGGAGUACUUCUUCUGUAACCUGACUGCUUUCAACGACCAGCAUCACAAACGCUCUGUGGGGCCCCUCCGCAUGCCUUCCCUCCAGGGGGACAGCGUCGUGGAAACAGUCCCAGACCAGGAGCCAAACGACGGAGGUCACAGAGAGUCCCACCAAGACUGGAGGAGAGGUGACUUCCAUGGCAGCCUCCACUACCACGCCUAUUUUGGGGGGCAGCCGGAUGAGGAUGUGGGUUUUGGAGAGACCCUCAAGAACCCCCAAGAAGACACCAGCCAAGAUUUUGACAGUCGUUACGAUUAUGUGGUGUGUGAGGAGGGAGAGGAGGUGGCGUGUGCACCAGUGCCCGAUGAGUUCAAUCCUUGUGAGGACAUAAUGGGUUUUGGCUUCCUGCGAGUGUCUGUGUGGUUUGUGAGUCUGUUGGCCAUUCUGGGAAAUGUGGUGGUGCUCCUGGUGCUGCUCACCAGCCACUACAAGCUCUCAGUCUCCCGCUUCCUCAUGUGUCACCUGGCCUUUGCAGAUCUGUGCAUGGGGAUUUAUCUGCUCCUUAUCGCCUCUGUGGACCUCCACACACGGGCCGAGUACUUCAACCACGCCAUAGACUGGCAAACAGGUCCCGGUUGUGGACUUGCGGGUUUUUUUACAGUCUUUGCCAGUGAACUUUCUGUCUACACCUUGACAGUGAUCACUCUGGAGAGGUGGUACGCUAUCACCUUUGCCAUGAGGCUGGAUCGCAAGCUGCGGCUACACCAUGCCGCAGCUGUGAUGCUAGGAGGCUGGAUCUUCUGCCUCGUCCUGGCGCUGCUUCCACUGGUUGGGGUGAGCAGCUAUCAGAAGGUCAGCAUCUGCCUCCCAAUGGACACCCAGUCCACGGUGGCUCAGGUCUACAUCUUGUCAGUGCUGGUCCUUAACGUUCUGGCCUUUCUUGUUAUCUGUGCUUGCUACUUCAAGAUCUACUGCGCAGUGCACAACCCUCACUACCACUCUGGAUCCAAAGAUACCAACAUCGCCAAGCGCAUGGCGGUCCUCAUUUUUACUGACUUCCUGUGCAUGGCGCCUAUUUCCUUCUACGCCAUGUCAGCAGUGCUGGACCGGCCGCUCAUCACUGUCUCCAACUCAAAAAUUUUAUUGGUGCUCUUCUACCCACUCAACUCCUGUGCCAACCCGUUCCUCUACGCCAUCUUUACGAAAGCAUUCAGGGGGGAUGUAUUCAUCCUCCUCAGUAAGGUGGGGCUAUGUCAGCAGCAAGCACAGCUGUUCAGAGGCCAGACGGUCUCGUCGAAAGGAAGCAGUGGGACAUCUCAGGUCCGUCGAGACAAGGAUAAGGUUAGGAAAGGAGGAAGCGGGGGCCAGGAAGAGGUGCCCAUCCACCUGAAGAAAUGCUCCGGACAUGCCUACCAUCAAGCAGUGAGCCAGCAGACAAGCCCUGAAGAGAGCCAGAGCCUGAACACGUGAG